CCCCCCCCCCCCUUCUGUGAGAGAAACUUGAGUUUUUUUUAGCCAUCUCUUCUAUUGAGUUAGAAAAUUUUAAGUCUCCAAUAACAAAUGGGACUGGAGAUUUUGCAAAGCUUGCAUCUCGUAGUUCCCCCUUUAUCAUCUACUUGUAGAAGACCUGUUUUUGCAAGAUCUUAUUUUGGUGGUGGAAGCAAUCAAGGUUUGGCUUGUCUAUUACCCCAUCCAUCAAUCCUUUUUGGUUCUUCUAGGAAUCUCAAAGGUCAUGGUUUGAAAAGAUCUUGCAGUGACAGUAUUGAUGAGUUUUACAACGAAGAGAUUGAAUAUUUGGCGAGUUAUGAUGUUAUGGAUGAUGACGAAAAUGAUCACAACGACACUGCUUAUGCAGUAUCAGACAGUUCUAAUAUUUCUACAAGUAAUGAUGGAGAAAGCAGCAAAAAAAGGAAUAGUUCCGACUCGUUUUUGCCUUCUAAGAUUGAGUUUCUGGAGCCUAGUUUGCUUGGAAUUCAACCAGAGCCACCAGAUUGGCCAGGGAGAAAUGAGAUUGCAAGGAUGAGCAUUGAACUGAGAGCAAAUAGCGUUGAUAUUCCCUUGUCAUUAAGGAUGCUUAAGAGGAAGUUAAAAUGGCAAAAGGGUUUUGCAGCUGUGCGGAAUUCUGCAUACUGCUCUGUGAAGAGGGCUUUUGCUUCCAUGGUGUUGAUAAUUCAAGAGCUUCAGAGCCAUGCUUUAUAUACAAGGGGGAGUCUUCACGGUGAAGAUUUUCGAAGGAUUCUGGAAAAGGUUCACUCGGAACUGAAUGCUUCAUUUGUGUGGCUCUUUCAACAAGUCUUUUCGCGGACACCAACGCUCAUGGUUUAUGUGAUGCUCCUUUUAGCCAAUUUCACUGUACACUCAAUGUUUGGCAACAUAGGUGUUGCUGCUGCUCCAUCACCAAGAAUCUUCCAAGAGACUAUCACAACUCCAGACGAAAUGGACCAAGGACAAUCAAAUGCUGAUCAUGCUGUAGGAAAUAACAACGGUGGUGCUGGGAAAGUUGACCGAAGCAUCGGUGGGAGUGAAGGGGGCGACUGGCUUUUUGGGAGAAUAUCACCUUUUAUUCGGUAUCCCAACCUUGUUCCCGAAGAGACAGGUGAGUUUUCUUCGUCCGGAAAUCAAGAAAUGGUUUCGGUGGAAGAGACUGUACUGUGGAACGCAAUGGUAGAGGAAGCUUCAAGAAUGCAAGUGGAAUCAGGAUAUGAGGUUCUUGCUCGUGAGACUAUGAAACAGUUCGUAUCACGUGUAACAGUGGAUCUUGAACCGAGUGAUUAUGUUGAGUAUUACAGAACUGAUCUUCUUUAUCAGAUGGCUAUCGCUGAGGAUCCAAAAAACCCUCUUCUGCUUUCUAAUUAUGCGCAGUUCCUCUGCACAGUUCGUCACGACUACGACAGGGCAGAGAAAUGCUUCAAGCGUGCUAUAAUGGUUGGACCACCAGAUGCUGAGGCAUUCAGUCACUACGCAGAUUUCUUGUGGAGGGUAAGGAAGGACUUGUGGAGUGCAGAAGAGAGAUAUCUGCAAGCUUUAUCAAUUGAACCGAAUAACACUGAGCAUGCUUCCAAAUAUGCUUCUUUCCUCUGGAGCACUGGAGGCGAUGAGACAUACUUUCCUCUUAAUGCUUCUCAAUGAUAACUAGAAUAAGAUUUUGUAAUUUGAACAGAGAUGAGUAUAUUAAAAGAGCAUGCCAUUAUAAUCCUAGUAUAGGGCACUUACGAAGGAAAAGAAUGCUGAUUUUAGCUUUUAACUUUGUUCUCUUCUGUAGGAAGCUGUUCUGAGACUUGUAAUGUAUGCAAAAAGAUUGUGCAUUGAUAUGCAGAUCUCUUCUGGAAACAAAUUAUUAUCUUCCAUAUACAUCGCUAGUUCAAGAAACUGUAUAAGCAAAUAUGAAAUAUGAUCUUCAAUUAA